GUGCGUGUGUAUAAACACAACCCGCCACUAUUCCGCCCGCCCACACCUAACCCCACUAUCGCCACGCCUACGACCCAGCAGUUUUCUGAAGCUCCCCCCACCACCUAUACAGUCCCUAUACAGUCCCAAUGCGACGUGAUCUACAAUAACAAAAUCAAUUCUCCAAAUACCCCAUUCUUCCUCCUUAAUCCCGAUAUGUCGCAAAACGCCCCCUCAGACGGAGCUCCCCAAGGCCAAAUCAACCUCGCCUCUCUCUCCGUCCCUCAGCUCCGCGCUCUCCAAACCCGCCUCACCUCCGAACUCGAACACCUGACCACCUCGCACACAAAGUUGCGCGCCGCCCAAGCCAAGUUCCGCGACUGUGUGCGCUCGAUCAAUGAUGGCGUGACUGGAAAUGAGAAGAAGGGAACCGAUGGCCGAAAUGAGAUUCUCGUACCCCUUACCAGCUCGCUGUACGUCAAGGGCCGGUUGACGGAUCGCGAGAAGGUGCUUGUUGAUGUCGGAACUGGAUUUUAUGUUGAGAAGACUGCGCCUAAGGCGAUUGCAUUCUAUGAUGAAAAGGUCAAGGGCUUGGAGGCAAACUUGCAGGAAUUGGAGAAGAUCGUACAGACCAAGAGCUCGCAACUGCGUGUUGUGGAAGAGACAUUGAGGCAGAAGAUGCUUGCCGAGGGUGCUCCUCAGGCCCCUGCGGGCUAA